GAAUAGUCUUUAAAUUGGUUCAGUGUUUGAAAUGUUUUAUGUUCAUUAUGCAAUUCAUUUUACCACAUUGCUGUAUAAUACAUAAUCUGUGACACCAGUUGCAACAGUCAGCCGGCAGCUCUACAAAACGGGCCAUACGAAGAGUUAAUCCUUCAAGGUAUGGCUCCACCCCCUUCCAUUUGAGUGUGUAAGCGGAGCUGUUGUCUCAUUCCCCAGGCUGCCAGGGUUAUGGCUGCUCGACUGGCUUUCAGCUGUGCUGGUCAGCGGAGCCCUUGGCUUCGGCCAAAGCCCAUUUCCACUGUGCUUGACUGCAGGCGAGCGGCCGGAGGAAACGCAACAGCUUCAGUGGGGGUGCUGGGAAGCUCUGCUAACCUGAAGACGCAUGGUGACCUGCCACAGAUCAGAACCUGGGAGGUCUUGUAUAGAGCGGUUUUUAAAGGCUAUCUCAACCGGCUGCACGAGCUCCAGAUAUAUGAGAAACAGCUAUAUGGACCCAUAUAUAAAGUGAGCACUGGCAGCCGUCACUCAAUAACAUUGAACAGUGUGGAGCUGGUUGAGGAACUACUCAGAAAGGAUGACAAGUUCCCCUCUCGUGGAGACAUGAGCCUCUGGACUGAGUUUCGAGACAUUAAGGACAUUGGCUAUGGCCCCUUCACAGAAGAGGGUGAAAGGUGGUACAAACUGAGAGCUGUGCUCAACAAACGUAUGCUUCACCCAAAGGACUCUGUGCAGUACGAAACUGUUGUCAAUGAGGUUGUGACUGACUUCAUCAAGAGAAUAUACCACAUACGCAAGACCAGUCCAACAGGGGAUCUUGUUGAGAAUUUGUCCAAUGAGCUUUACCGCUUCUCUCUUGAGGGAAUCUCAUCUAUUCUCUUUGAAACUCGGAUUGGGUGUUUGGAAAAUGAAAUUCCAAAGGAGACUCAGGACUUCAUCGACUCCAUCGCUAAAAUGUUUACCUAUAGCAUGCCUGUGGUGCUUACGCCCAAAUGGACGCGUAACAUCCUGCCGUUUUGGCGGCGUUACAUUUCAGGAUGGGAGGGCAUCUUCAAAUUUGCUGGACAGCUAAUAGAUAUGAAGAUGGACGCCAUUCAGAGGCGUGUGGACACGGACCAAGAGGUGGGGGGAGAAUACCUGACAUACCUGCUUUCCAGCACCAACAUGACCAAUAAAGAGGUGUACGGAAGUGUUGCUGAGCUGCUUUUGGCUGGAGUAGACACGACCUCGAACACCAUGAUGUGGACCUUCUAUCAGCUCUCACGAGAACCUAAAGUUCAAGAGUCUUUGUAUCAUGAGAUAAACCACUGUGUUAAAGGGGAUAGAAUUCCUACGGCACAGGAUGUCACUAACAUGCCUUACCUCAAGGCUGUCAUCAAAGAAGCACUUAGGAUGUACCCAGUCGUACCAAUAAAUGCUCGGCGCAUGUCAGAAAAAGACGUAAUUAUUGGAGGCUAUUUUUUUCCAAAAAAGACGUCUUUUACAUUAUGCCAUUACUCUAUCUGCCACGACGAGAAAGUAUUUCCUGAGCCAUCAAAGUUCAAACCAGAACGCUGGUUAAGGGACGGGAGAACCCGGCCCAACCCCUUUGGCUCCAUUCCCUUUGGGUUUGGGGUGAGAGGCUGCGUGGGCCGUCGGAUUGCAGAGCUGGAGAUGUACCUCGCUCUGGCAAGGAUCAUGAAACUAUUUGAAAUCAGACCAGACCCCACUGUUGGUGAUGUGAAAGUCCUCAACCGCACUGUGCUGGUAGCAGACAGACAAGUGAACCUGCACUUUAUGGAAAGGAAUGGUAACACUGUACUGUGAUUCUUUUUGCAGAAUUUGUGAUGACAAUCAGGAGGGUAGCCACACCUAUUUGUUACAUAUCUUCACAGUUAGAGAAUAUUAUCCUGUAUAGUAUAUCUGAUAUAUUUUUAUAGCAUGGAUUUUCAAGGUCACGCUUCUAUAGCAUGGAUUUCAAAGGUCACACUUGUUAACUCUUUGAACCAUAAAAAGCUUCAGGUACAUAAACUACACUUUGACCAUAUAUUUCUCACAUUUAUUGCCAGUUGUAGGCUGUAUUUCCUACGGUUACAUGGUUUUGUCACUCCCUACGUGAUAAAGGUCCUGACAAAGUGAAUAUAUAAUUGUAUUAUAUGGCAACAACAGUACGGGCGUUCUGAUUGGCUAAUGAGUAGUAAUGCCAGCCGCGUAUUGCCCUUCUCACUGGUCAAUACGGAUCCGUAUUGCCCUCUGACAACCUUUUC